AUGAGCUAUUCCCAGGAACAGCAAAACGACUCCCAAUUUAACGCUUUGGCCGGCAAGCUUGCCACGUUGAGAGGCAUCACCAGUGAUAUCAACAGCGAGGUGAACGCUGACAACGCGUUGCUUGACCACUUGAACAACGGAAUGAACAGUUUGUUGCACAGUGUGAAACACACAAGUUCGCGGUUGGUCCGUGCCUUAAAUAGUGGGAACAACAUUUGGCGCAAUGUCGGCUUGGCGUUGCUAGUGUUCAUUGUGUUGUACUCGGUUGUGAAGAUAUUCUAA